AUGGAGGUGAUGGUGCCUGGGAGAAGAAGUAUGAUGAUGGCCAUGGCAAUUGGGAGCAUCUCAGCAACUGGAAUGGGCAAAAAGAAGGCAGAUGGUAACUGCCAAUGGGAGGAGCAGCCAAGCACUUACAAACAGAAGAAGACAAAUACUGAUCAUGAUUCCUCCUAUAACAAUGUGAUGCCACCAUCAGGCAAUGCUUGGAAUGCUGGAGAUAGAAUUGGAAGAUCAAAUGCCAAGUCUAAUGCAGGAUCCAGUCAUGCAAACAAAAUUACUUCUAGCCUUCACAAAGCAGUACAGCUGCAAGAGACAGGAAGAACUUACAAAUCUACAAGUGCAAAAGAAAUGACAGGCAUGCAGUGA